AAACCAUUCGGAAGAUAGAAGUAACUGAAGACUGUAACAGAUCACUAUGUGAAUAUAAACAAUUUAUACUAAUUGAAUUAUAUUUACGUGUGUAUUAUAAAUACAGUGUCGGGUUAAUAACCGUAUGUUUAUUGGAUAUAGAUCGCGGAUUAAUUUGAAUAUGCGUAUGUUAUAAUACUCGCGAUAGUUAACGCAGUGGUAAAUUAAACGUUCGCUUUGAAAGGAAAACCGGAGUUUAUUAGAGGCGAGAACUGGAAAAUCGACUGUAAGGAAACAGGAUUAAUAAAGGAGGUUGCGUUGUAUAACUGGCGACAUAUGGAAAUUGAAUUUGGUGAUGAAUUGAUAGCAGAAAAAGAAGAAAUAUAACGUUAAUGUAAUUUCAGUUUCUUUUAUGCUUGUCUUUGAAAUAUUGAUAUAUGGAAAUAAACUAACGGCCUGUGUGGCACAAAUUCUUUCAUUCUACUGAAUUGGAUUUGCGGAGCAAGGACAAAAUAUUUGUGUUUAAAUUUAAGAUCGGACGGUUUUGCAUUUCAUUCAUUUAUCGGUUAAAAAAGUGAAUAAACACAUUAUUAUUAUUUUUCAUUAAUAUAUGUGCACAGUUGACAUUUAGGAUAUAUUAAACACAUGUUAUACUUAGAAAAAUAAAUUUGUUUUCGUUUAAAAUGAUGGCUUUAAAUACAUCUUUGAAAUUACUUAAUGCAACAAACAUUGCAUUUAAUUACACUCAGGAUUACAACAUCACAAAUAACGAAACGACUUUAGAUAGGGAUUUUAUUAACUUCAGUAAUUUUAAUAAUGGAAGCAGUGAAAAUAACACAAUGGUUUUUGCAGGACCACCCGAACCAGCAUCGAUGGAAACCAUUGUGUUACUGUCUAUGCUCUUUAUCAUCAUUGGGACUGUCGGGUUGAUUGGUAACAGUCUUGUUAUAAUCGUAAUCUUAUUUGACAGGAAAAUGAGACAGUCUUUAACUAACAUUUUUAUAAUGAACUUAGCUGUCGCAGAUUUUGUGAUAAUGUUGGUAGGGAUCCCGGAGAUUGUACAGUUUAUGAUGAACCGCGGUUGGCUUUUGGGUGCUGCACUUUGCAAGGUCAACAGAUUCAUCCUUGUUGUUAGUCUUUAUGUGUCAAUAUUAUCACUUGUCUCCGUUUGUAUAGAAAGAUUUGUUGCAAUAGUAUACCCUCUAAAAGCACAUAUAUUGUGCGGACGAAGAAAAAUAGUAUUCGCCAUAUUGUUUAUAUGGCCGACGUCGUUAGCAUGUGGUUUGCCAACUGCAAUUUUCAACACAUUAAAGUAUCCACAUCCAUCAAUCCCAUACAAGCAUUGUAUUAAUACAUUUCCGGAAAGACAGUACCAGCAGUUCUUCGAAUACAUGCAGUUUGCAUUCUUCUACUUUAUACCGGUCACUGUUCAGGUUAUAUUGUACGCUGUGAUCGGAAAGAAGCUAUACGCCAGUACAGAAGAACUGCAUGCUCGAUUCCAGAUGCGGAAGGAAACCCGGCCUAAACAUGACAAAACUUCAGAUACGAUAAAAGCUCGAAAAGAUGUCGUGAAAAUGUUGGCAUCAAGUGUGCUUGUAUACAUUGUAUGUUACGCCCCACCACAAAUCUUACUGUUCUACAACACGUUCUCUCCAAAACCAUUUCAAGGCACGUGGUCGUUUCUCGUAUUUAGUAUUGUCAUAUCUAAUGUCAAUUCAGCGGCUAAUCCGAUUCUUUACAGUAUAUUUAGCCAAAAUUUCAGAAAGAAUUUUAAGAAGUACCUUUGCUAUCUGUGCCUACCUAAACCGUCUGAAUACCAGCGGGCAGGUCAGGACAUAUCAGAAUCCCGAUAUCUAUCAAGGAAGAUAAGUUCAACAAUAAGCCGGUCCACUACAUUUUCAAAAGUUUAAACAAUCUUAUAUAACAAGAAAGAUUUCUCUUUAUAUAAUGACAUUCAUUUUGUAUGAAAGUGAGAAAUAAGAUUAGGCAACGAAAAUAAAAGAUUUAGUAAAAUAAGCCAUCUGUUAACGCUUUUCCGUAAAAAUACAACAAUUCUUCUGUAAUAUACUCGUAUAUGUGUUUCGUUUUUCUUUGUUAAGACUGUUAUAGCAAGGUUUUAUUACUUAAUGAAGAUUACAUAUUUAUUUAAAGAUAUUAUCACGGAAUGGAGCAGUUCAUACAUUUUGGCAUAUCUAAUCAUUAUUAUUUAUAUCACUUUCAAUCACUGUUAUUUAUGUACAAAUAAACGCCCGUAGUUUUUAUCAUUGUGUUCAUUUUAACAAUAUAGAAAAAAAUGCACGAUUUGUGAAACAAGUCUCAAUGUAUACAAUAUUGUGUUUGGAUUCUUAGAUACAUAAAUGUGUAUUGUUAGUUAAAUGUACAAAAUAUUUAAACCUAUUUUACUGCCAAUUUUCAUAAAGGCUUUAGAGACAUACAUGUAACACCUUAUAUUAUGAAAAAUUGAAAACAUAUUUGGAGCUAAAAUAAAUCGAUGGUUUACAAAGGUUAAGCUUGGACAAUAAACUGUUAUUAUGUAUAUUUACGCAUAUUUGCUUUCGUUCCUUUUCUACACUUAAUUCCUUAUUGACUCGCAGUUUCAUAUGACUUGUGUUUAGGUGAAGUAUUUUGUAUUAAUAUCACAUGUUUAUUGGUGUCAGCAUGAGGUAUAAGUCGCAAUGUAUAUAUAUUAUAAAGACAGAUGUUACGUGAGUGUUAAGAAUACAACACAAAACAAAGUAUGUGAAAGUAAAGAUAUAACUUUGAUGUAUGAAUGUUUGAAAUUAUAAAUAUGUUGAAAAGUACAAGGUUGUUUUAAAUGUUUCAUGAAGAAAUUUUAACAAAUUCAAUGUUUACCAUAAUUAAUUGACACAAUAAUUAUUACAUUUUAUUUUGCUUCAUUGUAAAAUAUAUUUAUGUAAAAUAUAGUUUUAAAUAUCUACAUGUUAUUGUUUUGAUGAUGUCACACCUGUUUAGCUUUAUAUGUGCGCCUCCA